UCUCGUUCCAGACUUCUGCAACUUUUUCAAUUCAUAGAUAACCAAGAAGCGACCCAACCGCUGCUUCCGGUUGUCGCUGUUGUUGUGCAAUCUGGUAGAAUAGCGCGUAGUUUUUGUGCAAUUUCACUUGGUUGGGAAACCAAGUGACGUAUUCACCUAGUUAGUGAUAUUUAUAGAGUUGUAAACUAUCCAGAAGGACUUAUUUUUAAACAGAGAGAGUGCGCACAGUAUCGCAGACAGAAGGAAAACUUUGCACUACUUACAUCUAAGGAGAGCAACGAGGACUCGCAACAAGUUUAAGCACGAGUUAACAACUCCAAAUCCUGAUUUAUAACCCUAAGAGGACUCGGGGGUAUAUAAAUCAGGUUUAUCACUAAAAGUGCCAAAUACCAAAGACAUUGUAAAUAUUGUACAGAUAUUAUAAAAGACAUUGUAAAUAUGGACGCUACUGUGAUGGAAAGUUCUCAGGGACCAAUAAACACACCCAGUGUUUGGGGUAAGACCUCCUCCCCGUGGGGAACAGCAACCACACCUACUAUCUGCUCACUUGAGGAAGUCAUGAGUGAAGAGUUAGCUCACGAGUUACAGGAAAGGGACGAAGAGGACGUUAGUAAGAGGGUCAUCAAUGUUCAGUCUGAGGCGGCCAGUGAGCCAGUCCCAGACCUGUCAGCUAUAUUACCAGAGCCAGGAAGUGAGACAAAUGAAGACAGUGACUUUUUAUUGGCACAGUUACUCCAGUUAGAAUACGACAAGGAACACGAUUUAAUGCUGUCCAAGGAAGAAGCCAAGUUGAAUGGCCAGAGUAAAGUGUCUUUGUCUUUCUCCAACUAUCGCACAGUUCACCCGUAUGUGGAGGAAGACAGUGACAGCGAGGAUGACGACCUAACGUGGGUGACCAAUGUCUACAAAGAUGAACCCGUGCCUAAUUUCAACAAGGCUGGUUACUCUGGUAAAGGGAAGAAUAUUACAACCAAGCAUGACCCUGUUAUUUGUGGAAAGAGAAAUGUAUCCAAGAUGGAGAAG